GUUGUGAACUCGUCACAGGAAAGAGAUUAGUGAAGAUGAGGAAAUAUCUGUGAGGAAAUAGGUCGUAUAGACUGAUGAGUCUACUUCACUUUCCAUGGGUAUCAUUUUACCUAGUAACCUGAAAGUGCGUAUGAACUGGAAGUUAUGGUAAUAUUACACCUAAAAUUAGAUAUAUUAUAUAGGCCUAUCACACGUAUGAAGAUUUACACCGAGAAUAUUUAUAGCUUAUAUAUAUUUUUAAUAUAAGUUUGAAGAUGUCUGAAGAAAUGCCACAGAUUCCAACAGGAGGCAAUAACGGUAGUCAAACGAUUGUUUGGCAGCUCCCUUCUCAAAGUAUUGAGACAAGAAAUGCUGGUGGUGGCACACGUCAGACUGGGCCCACACUGGCCCAGCACCUACGUCAUGCAAAUCCUUUUACACGAACUUUACCACAUGGAGCCUUACACCCUAGGGAGACUCCACAACGGAACAAUGCUCCCCAAACACCAGUCACUACACCACAAACAGUGCCAGUGGGUGGUGAGGACAACAACGGACAGAGGCCAUCUGACCAGUCGUUUGUGAUAGAUUUUGGUUCCGUGUUUGAUCCUACCUCUGCCAAUGUUGGCAGUAUUAACCUUCAGAGUCUACAACAGAUGGCACCAGAACAUUUUCAGUUGCCAGCGCUAGGUGGUCACGAUGAAAAUCAAAACACCGGCCCCCAGAAUAACGGCCAAGGGCACCCACAUGUAGUCCAUGGUAUGGACAGCAUGGACUGGAGCAUAUUCCUUCUCAACUCCUUACUUUUCAUUGUCAUUCUAGUCAUCAGAGUUGUCUCCGAUCAUCUAUUAGGUAUGCUGGUUUUUAUUGGACUCGGAGGAACUUUCUUCUACGCGAACAUGUUUUUCAAGAAAAUUGUGCAUGAGUCAUCUUUGCGGGAUGCCAUGCUUCACAAUGUACUGCUGUCCUAUUUCUGGAUUGUCAUGUUUCUCACUGCAAACAUAGGUUGUGUGUACUAUGUAUUUCAGGAGCAACAGCUCUGGAAUGUGUUGAUGUUCCAACUGCCGGUGAAAUGGGAGGGAGAUAUUUGGAUGUUUUUCUGGGCAGUAUGUGUUAAUGACUUUGUCCUUAAAUAUGUGACUGUGAUUAUUAAAGCCUUCUUCUCCAUGGCACCUAUCAAACCAAAGAACAGGGGAAAAUACUACAUGUUUGUGGAACAUGUGAUGCAGUUAUAUCGAAUGGUUAUACCCAUAAUUCCAUGGUACCACUUCCUGUCAGAUGGACUUAACUGGGCUUUCGCUGCUGGCCUUCUCUGCUUAUACUUCUUAUGCAAGGCAUAUCAGUUGUUUUUUAAAAUGAGAGACGUAAAAGGUGCUUUUCUGAAACUUUUACGAGAAAAGACAUAUGGUAUUAAACCAAACAAUUCCGAUUUAAAAACAAGAGGUGAAGGUUGUCCCAUUUGCCAGGACGAUUAUAAAGAUCCUGUUAUGCUGAAUUGUAAGCACAUUUUCUGCGAGGAUUGUGUGUCGGUAUGGUUUGACAGAGAAAAGACAUGUCCAAUGUGUAGAGCACAGAUACACACGGACAACUCCCUGUGGAAGGACGGCUCAACCAGUAUUCACGUCCAGUGGUACUGAACAUAUAUAACUUGAAGAAUUGGUGUCAUGAUACAAGGUUCUCACAGCAUUUGGGAAAAACAAGUGAAAUUUUGCAAGUGUGAAUGACAUGCUGCUGUAAAUAGUACACAAGUGAUAUUGUCUGUUUGAAAGGUCCUGAUUUAUGUGUACAUGUUAGAAAACUUGUGAGUAGUUAGAGUAUAAAGUAGAAAUCAUAAUGUUUCCUUCUUUUUAUUUUUCAGCUCACCUGCUCGAAGGGCAAGUGAGCUUAUGCUGUGGUGCGGCUUUCAUCCGUUGUCUGUAGGUCAUCAACUUUUCCCUUUAAACAACUUCACCAUAACUGAGAGGCCCAGAGACCUGAUAGUGGGCCUGUAGCAUGCUAGGCUUAAGGGCUACCAAGUUUGAAAGAUGACCUUGACCUUAAUUCAAGGCUCAGAGACCUGAUAUUGGGCCUGUAGCAUAUCGGGGUAAAGUACUACCAAUAUUAUGCAACUUUGUUGAUAUGACCUUGACCUACAUUCAUGGUCACAGGGCUCAAAUGUUUGAAAAUCUUUUAAUAAUGUUUUCCUGAUAACCAAGAGACAGAUACCUGAUAUUGGGCCAAAGCUGCAAUGAAGGAUUACAAAAUUUAUUUCAAUGGAUAAAAUUAGCCUGCUUUGAUAUUUGAAUAAAGUGUUGAUCAGCUUAGUAUCUGCAUAUUAAACAACCUUUGUGCUAGGUCAACUUUAAAGUUGCUUUAGAAGCAAGCAAGUGAUUCAGGCCCAUUGGGCCUCUUGAUUUCUUUUUCUGAUAAUUGUAUUUUAUGAACAUUUUCAAAGAUAUUGAAGACUUUUGACAACUGUGAAUAUCUUUUCUGCCAAAUUAGAAAAGAUCCAUGACAUGAUUAUUUUUUACUUCCUUUCUGGUGGGGGAUCAUUAACACUCUUAUACACCUCAUUCACUUUACUUUUUUAUGAUCAUUAGUUUUAGAUUUCUAUUUGAAAUUACUAAUUUGUGCAGUGUUGAAUUUGCAAUUUCAAGAUGUUUGGACCUGUAGUGUAAUUGAUAUCAAUGUUACCUAACAAGAAACGUUUGCAGUCGUAUAGUACAAGUUGAACUAAUGAGUAAAUUAAGAUUACCUUAGAAAUUGUGACUUUGAAACUGCUGUGAGAAUCUAUGAUUGACCUUCACACAAUACCCAUUACAGAGACAGCUUUCUAGUACAUUGUGGAGAUUUAUAGUUUUCAUAUUGGCAAGAAUAUCAUUUAAAUAUCAUGUGAAGUAGAGAUUUGAGUGGUUCUAGCUGUGAUAAAUUUUGAUAGUGAUAAGUGUUGGAUGUAAACAAUUUGUAAAACAUGUUGUGGGCUGUUUGUUGAUAUGUAAUGUGCAUAAGUUAUAUAAACAUUCUUUAUUUAUAUUAUUGAUAUGUUAUGGAUUUGUCAGUUUUGUUGUAGGAAUUAUUCUUCUGGAUUUUUAUGUUUUAAGGGCAUUAAUUAUAGUGCUACCUAUCGCCAUCAUUAUUGUGUUUCUGCUCUGCUCAUUGAUACAGAAGAUUCAUAUGCAGGUCAAGUUCUGAUUUGGUUAUUGUCAAUUCAUAUUUUUUUUUAAAUUUAAGUUUUAUUUAGUUUUUUUUACAAAAUACAGUAUUUCCAAGAUUAGAAAUUCUUGCUUUAUUCCAGGGGGGAUUUUUUAUUAAUAACACAGAAAAAAAUAUUCACCAAAGUGUAGAAUCUCUUGAUUACAAACAUUGCUCCUGUUCGAAUUGUGAAUACUGUCAACACCUCUUAACAACACCAAUAACUCUAAAAAAAACAACGCCAAUAACUCUAAAAAAACAACGCCAAUAACUCUAAAAAAACAACACCAAUAACUCUAAAAAAAAAUCCACGGCUUUUUUAGUGCCUAAUUUUAUGUACAUGUACAGACCAAAAUUAUAACUUUUCACAACUUUUUACUUCCUUUUAUCAUUCUUAGUUACACUUGAUUCAGUUAACUUGUUAACAACUAUGGACCUUUAAUGAGGUGGAUAUGUGUCUGGACAAAGAGGUAUUAACCAUGACAAAAUCCAGGUUAAUAUAACUGUAUUAAAGUUCUGCCAGAUUAAAAUUCCUUAUAUGUAAAUGCCAUGUAGUAAUUGUCUACAAAUUGACCAAAUCUUAUUCAUAUUCUCGGACUAGUUUAAUUAUUGUGUUUGAUUUACAGUAAUGGAUGAACACUACCAGUAAUCAUGUACACUUAGGUAAACUAGGCUGCCCCUGAUAACAUUAAGCUGUUCAAUUAAAAAAAAAAUUGAUUUAAACUAAACAUCAUGAAGUAAUUAAUAAGGAAGAAGCAAGCCUCUCCUGUAUGCUGUAUAGGAGAUCCUGGUACCAUGGUAACUAAAGGUAUGCAGGAUGAGGAUGGGAGUAAGGUAUAUAUUUAAUACAAAUGUAAAGAAGUCAUGUGAGCUUCUUGAUUUUAUUAAUUGUCUGUCAGAUUUGCCUGAAUAUCGGACACCAAUACAUAAUCAUUUUCUCACUAUAGCGCUAAUUAAAGUAUUCUUAAUGUUGGCUACACAUUGUUGGUUUUUAUGGCAUACUUGUUUAUAUUUAACAAACAAUGACUAUACUUGACCAUAUAAUUUACUAGUAUUAGAUAAUCCUUUGAAGGCAAAUUUAAAACAUCAUGAAAAUUCAUAUACACCCUUUGAAUCAUUGAACUCUCAUGGACUUGUUUUUUCUCGCCCUAGCAUAUGUAGUAAAUGACAAUGCAGAGUUAAAGUCGAGAGUCCACCACAUAAUCUGCCUCUGAUGAGUUAGAUGAGGACUGAAGUCUUUCUUGUGGUUUACAAAUGCCUUAUCAGUUAUUGGCUUGGUUUUGCUUGUUGGUCCCUCUGCUACAAUUCCCUGUGCAGGUUUUGUUAAGACUUUGAUCCUUAUAAUCUCAUCCUUUCUCAUGACCUUAAAUGGUCUUUAGGUCAAAUGUUAUUGUGUUUGUUCUUUUACCUUACUCCUAAGCAAAGUAUCCAAGGCAUUUAUAUAUCUUACUUUACUGUCGCAAAAUUGUUUGCACAUCUUAUUACGAUCAAUUGUUGCCUUAAGAACAUUUGCACAUCUUCAAUUAUUACCGAAAGAUCGUUUAAACAUCUUGCAUUUCUGCUGUAAAAUCGUUUACACAUCUUACAUUUCUGCCAUAAGGUCUUAUACACACCUUACUUUUGUACAGUCUUUACACAUGUGCCAUACUGACACCUUACACAUGUGCCAUACUGACACCUUACACGUGUGCCAUACCGACAAGGUGUCGUACACCUGUGCCAAACCGACAAGGUGUCGUACACGUGUGCCAUACCGACAAGGUGUCGUACACCUGUGCCAAACCGACAAGGUGUCGUACACAUGUGCCAUACCGACAAGGUGUCGUACACAUGUGCCAUACUGACAAGGUGUCGUACACACUGACAAGGUGUCGUACACGUGUGCCAUACUGACAAGGUGUCGUACACAUGUGCCAUACUGACAAGGUGUCGUACACGUGUGCCAUACUGACAGUGUCGUACACAUGUGCCAUACCGACAAGGUGUCGUACACAUGUGCCAUACCGACAAGGUGUCGUACACAUGUGCCAUACCGACAAGUUGUCGUACACAUGUGCCAUACCGACAAGGUGUCGUACACAUGUGCCAUACUGACAAGGUGUCGUACACAUGUGCCAUACUGACAAGUUGUCGUACACAUGUGCCAUACUGACAAGGUGUCGUACACAUGUGCCAUACUGACAAGGUGUCGUACACAUGUGCCAUACUGACAAGGUGUCGUACACAUGUGCCAUACUGACAAGUUGUCGUACACGUGUGCCAUACUGACAAGGUGUCGUACACGUGUGCCAUACUGACAAGUUGUCGUACACGUGUGCCAUACUGACGAGGUGUCGUACACAUGUGCCAUACUGACGAGGUGUCGUACACAUGUGCCAUACUGACGUGGUGUCGUUCACAUGUGCCAUACUGACCAGGUGUCGUACACAUGUGCCAUACUGACGAGGUGUCGUACACAUGUGCCAUACUGACGAGGUGUCGUACACAUGUGCCACACCGACAAGGUGUCGUACACAUGUGCCAUACUGACAAGUUGUCGUACACAUGUGCCAAACCGACAAGGUGUCGUACACAUGUGCCAUACCGACAAGGUGUCGUACACAUGUGCCAAACCGACAAGGUGUCGUACACAUGUGCCAUACCGACAAGGUGUCGUACACAUGUGCCAUACCGACAAGGUGUCGUACACAUGUGCCAUUCUGACAAGGUGUCGUACACAUGUG